AUCUCGGCUCUGAUUGGUCCAAUCUGACGUAUAAAAUGAUGUCACUUCCUUUGCACGGCCUCUUUUAUUUCCUGGAGAAAUAGAUCUCCAUACGGCGUUGUCUCGUGCUUUCCCGUCGUUGCUUGUCCAAGGGAAGCUCUCACGAUGUCCGGAGGUCUGGAUGUGCUGCAGAUGAAGGAGGAGGAUGUGCUGAAGUUCCUGGCUGCCGGGACCCACCUGGGCGGCACUAACCUGGACUUCCAGAUGGAGCAGUACGUCUACAAGAGGAAGAGUGAUGGUGUUUACAUCAUCAACCUGAAAAAGACCUGGGAGAAGCUGCUGCUGGCUGCCCGAGCCAUUGUGGCCAUUGAAAACCCCGCUGACGUGUGCGUCAUCUCCUCCAGGAACACGGGGCAGCGCGCAGUCCUCAAGUUCGCUUCCGCGACCGGCGCCACCACCUUCGCCGGCCGCUUCACUCCCGGCACCUUCACCAACCAGAUCCAGGCGGCAUUCCGCGAGCCGCGGCUGCUGAUCGUGACCGAUCCCCGGGCUGACCACCAGCCGCUGACCGAGGCCUCCUACGUCAACAUCCCCACCAUCGCGCUCUGCAACACCGACUCGCCGCUGAGAUACGUGGACAUCGCCAUCCCCUGUAACAACAAGGGCCCUCACUCCGUGGGGCUCAUGUGGUGGAUGCUGGCCAGGGAGGUGCUGCGCAUGCGUGGGACCAUCUCCCGGGAGCACGCCUGGGAGGUGAUGCCUGACCUGUACUUCUACCGGGACCCGGAGGAGAUCGAGAAGGAGGAGCAGGCCGCUGCAGAGAAGGCUGUGGGCAAGGAGGAGUUCCAGGGCGAGUGGACGGCGCCCGUCACCGACUUCGCGCAGCCCGAGGUGGCUGACUGGUCCGAGGGCGUGCAGGUGCCCUCUGUGCCCAUCCAGCAGUUCCCUGCAGGGCCCCCUGUCAAGCGCGAGCCUGGAGCCACUGAGGUGUUUGCAGAGGACUGGAGUGCCCAGCCGGCCACAGAGGACUGGUCAGCUGCCCCCACUGCCCAGGCGUCUGACUGGGGCGGGGCUACCGCUGAUUGGUCCUGAGUGCCACCUGUCGCAGCAGCAAUUUUUUCUCAACAAACUCAAUAAAGUUUGCUGUUUCUUACGAA